AUGACUGCAAAUCCUACCCCUGAGAAUGAAGUCGCUACGGCGGACCUGGCUGAGGCCAUGAUAACCCAAGUUCAAGAAUCGGAAGAGACGGAAAAGACGUCCCAAUAUCUAAAGCUCCCAAGUGUGGUCAUGAUCUCCAUUGUACUCUGCUUGGCCACUUUUUGCGUAGCAGUGGACAAUACGAUCAUUUCGACCGCUGUGCCCCGAAUUACAAAGAGUUUUGACAGCAUUGACGAUGUGGGCUGGUAUGCAUCAAUCUAUCCACUGACGUCCUGUGCAUUUCAACCAUCCUACGGAAAGGUCUAUUCAAUCUUCUCCAGCAAAAAUGUUUUCCUAGCAGCCUUGCUCAUUUUCGAGAUUGGGAGUGUGGUUUGUGCGACCGCAUCGAGUUCUCAUGUGUUCAUUGGGGGACGGGCAUUGGCAGGCCUCGGGUCGGCCGGUAUACAAGCAGGCACCACUCUGGUUCUUGCGGAGAGUGUGCCGCUACGCCAACGACCGACAUGGAACGGCAUCGUCGGCAGCAUGUUUGCAGUUGGAAGUGUGGUUGGACCGUUACUGGGAGGAGCCUUUUCGGAUUCAACAACAUGGCGGUGGUGUUUCUACAUCAAUCUUCCCCUCGGAGGCGCAGUCAUGGUCUUUACCAUCUUUUUCUAUGAUGGAAGUCGUGGUACCGACAAAUCCCCCAGGCCGGUCGGGCUCCGCGGCCUGAUCGAGCGCUUCGACUUGGCUGGUACCUGCGCUUUUGUGGCAGCAACAGUCUGUCUUCUCUUAGCACUAUCAUGGGGCGGCACCACAUAUGCAUGGGACAACGCCCGCAUCGUCGCCCUGCUCACCCUCGCGGGUGUUUUGUUUUGCUCGUUCUACGGCAUCGAACGCUGGAAGAAGGAUAAUGCCAUUAUUCCUUUACGCUUGCUCCGCAGGCGAAGUAUAGGUGCCGCUAUCUUAUUUGGUAUCUGCCUCGGAGGCGUGUUCUUUGUCAAUGUUUACUACAUACCGCUGUGGUUUCAACUGGUCAACGGUGUCUCUGCAGUUGAAUCUGCAAUCCUAUCUAUCCCAUUUAUGCUCAGUGUCGUCGGCGGAUUCAUGUUCGCUGGCUUUGGGACCGCUGCAACGGGAUACUACACACCUUUCGUCUACGCCGGCUCAAUCCUUAUGUCGAUCGGUACUGGCCUGCUUACGACUGUCCAACCUCAUCUCACCUCGCGGGCUACAUGGAUCGGAUUCCAGAUUUUGUGUGGAGCCGGAAUUGGUUUCGGAGAGGAACAAGGAAUCUAUAUGGUGCAGACAACCCUCCCCGAAAAGGAUGUAGCAAUUGGCGUUGGCAUCGUCUUCUUCGCACAAACAUUUGGUGGGGCCUUGUUUGUGUCAGUGGCGCAGACUGUCUUCCUAGCAAAUAUCAGCAAAGUACUGAAAAAGAUCGCCCCGAACCUGGAUCCUCAAAGCGUUCUCGAUAGCGCAUACGCGGGCUCUGCUCAGACAUCACCAGAACUACAGGCGGCCUACGCCCCAGCAAUCAAAAGCGCUCUCCGGGUUGGUAUGAUAUUAGCAACUAUCUCGAGUUUAGGUGCUUUGCUGUAUGAUUGGAAAAGUUUAAAGGCGAAGAAUGAUGAUAGAAACAAUGAACCUAGCAGAGACUGUGGGACAGAGCAGGAGGCACAAGUUCGAACAGAGGGAAAGGCGGAGUAA